AUGAUUAGAGCUUGUGACACCGACAAGCCAUGUUUACACUUGGUGUAUGAGAUGUGGGAUUCUAUGAUUGAGAAAGUGAAGAUUAAGAUCUACAAGAAAGAAAAACGCCUGACAUCUCAAAUAAGUUGCUUUUAUGACGUUGUGCAUCGUAUUUUAGUGGCUCGAUGGGCUAAGAAUAACACUCCCCUACAUUGUUUAGGUCACUCUUUACAUCCAAGAUAUUAUAGUGAUGCAUGGUUAAUGGAGGAUUCUACAAAAUGUGAUCCACAUAGGGAUGGAGAAAUUUCACAAGAAAUGAUGAAAUGUUUUCGAAGGUUGUUUCCUAAUGAUGAUGAGUAUAGCAGAGUCCUUGAUGAGUAUGCAAUGUUUUCACUGAAGAGUGGUCCUUUUGAAGAUUUAACAAGCAUUUCAAAGAUGGCUACUAUGGAACCCAAGAAUUGGUGGGUUAACUUUGGUGCUCAAACUCCUUUUCUCCAGACUUUGGCUUUUAGAUUACUUGGACAACCUAGUUCUUCUUCUUGUGUUGAGCGUAAUUGGAGUACUUAUGCAUUUAUUCACUCGCUUAAAAGGAACAAGUUGACUAAAAGUCGUGCUCAAGACUUGGUUUACAUCCACAAUAAUCUCCGACUUUUGUCAAGGACUCGGAAAGAUGAUGUAAAGAUGUGGGAUGCGGGUGGAGAUGCUUUUGAUUCAAUGGAAGAUGUCGGGUUUUUGGAGGUUGCAGAUCACUCACUAGAUGAACUGGAUUUUGAAAAUGAUUUGAUUAAUGAUAAUUAG